UUCAAUACAUUUCUUCUUCCUUUAUCCUUAUAACCGGAUACAGAUCAAAUUUGGAAAAAAUGGUACGUGAGAUUUGGUUUUCGAAUUCAAACUUUUACUAACAAUUUAAAAUAAGUAACAAAUUAAUAACUAAAAGAGUUUUGUUUUUGUAAUUUUAUAAAUUUUUUGUUGCAUGGCUUUUCGUUCUUAAAUGUUUUUUCUCAAAUGUAUGUAGUUAACAAAGUUGCAGUAUGAAGAGCAGAAGAAUAACUCGUCUUGCAAUAGAGCACUUAUGCGGGAUAUACACGAAGCAUCCUUAGAAUCCUUCUCAGACAGCUCAACUGAUUCAAAUAAACUUCAAAUACUUUCCAAAAAUAACACUGAAAACGAAAUCGAAAACGAAAACAACAUCAAUAACACAAUAUUUACGUCCAUUAAAGAUAAUCCUUUCAUUUUGAAUGCUGUGACAUGCUGUAGUAGUGAUGGUGCCGAUUCGUCUGUGAUUUGCGGAUUCAAGAAAACAAUACCAAAUUCAAUUCACUAUCCUCAAAAGCAAAUAAUUGUUUCGGGUAGUGAUUCGAUCAAAUGUAACAAUAGAAUCGACUUAGAGUCUAAACAUUUUUCUUCAGCAUCAACAAAUGAAACAAUAAUGCUUUCGGACUUUUCUAUGACGAAUAACAGUAAACACCAACGGAUCGAUGAUGGUUUGGCUAACAUUGAUGUCAAGCAAUUAAAAGCAGUCUAUCUAGCAGCCGAUGCAGCUUCUUCGUGUUCUUGUAUGACGCAAACAAAAUCAAUUAAUAAAUCUUCCAAACAAGAUCAGUCCUUAAUGAUUAAAAAUUUGUGCCGAAGUUUUGGAGAUUUGUCUUUUAUUAAAAACAAUGAAACUGUAACAUACCAGCAUCAGUUAAAGCGUACAAAAUCAGUGGGAGACUUGGAAAAAUUUAAAAGCUUAUUAAAGUAUUUUGAAUGUUAUGGCGUAUCGGUUAAGGCUUUGGUAAGUUAAUUGAAGCAUAAAAUAAGAAUUUUAAGUUGUAUCAAUAACAUUUUUAGUUUAUUUAUGAUUAAAAUGUACAAAAUAGUAUGUGGGUGAUCGAAUUCGAAGCGUAUUUAAUUAGUUUUUCUCAUUUUCAUUGCUGUUCUAGUAGAGUUCCUAAUUUAUUUGGUUUACAGAAGUUUCCUACUCCUUUUUAGUUUUGUUCAAACUUUACACUUAAUAUAUAAGAACGUGACCAAAAAUCAAAACAAAACAUUUCUUGUAUUUAAUUUUUAUUUUUUCCAUAAUAAACACAUUUACAAUGAACAGCUGGACACGAAUACGGUAACAUUUUUUACUAUGGAAAGGUGGGAGGGUCUAUCUCCCCCCAUUUAGGAGGUAGGGGCAGCUAAAGAAAACGUGAUUUAAAUUGAAAGAAAUAAUAAAAUAAAAUAUUAAAAAAUAGCCACAAAGCUUACAAUUAAGUAUUUCACCAAUUUUGAAAGCCAGAACUUCAUUUUUUAAACUAAAAUGUAAGUUUAAAUAUUUAUGUCAAUGAUUUUGGAAAAAAUGCAAAUUAAAAAGCAAAAAAAAAAUAAAAUUGGAAGGUUUUAAAAACUAGAUGGUUUUAUGUUGUCUAAUUUAUGAGAGAGUUCGAAACUACUAAAAAUACUUUCCUGUACUAUUUUAAUUUUUUUCUAAGU